CCCACCUCAUCCGCCACGUUGCCAAGCAAUGCCUGUGACGUCGUGAGCAUGAAGCGCAUCAUCAGGGGCCACGGCCCACGGCACCAGCCAGCCCAGCCCAGCCCCGUCGGCCGCCCCGGCCGUCUCGUUGAUGACCAUCGCCAACCUUGCACCGCCGCUGUACCGGUUGCUGCCACGUGCCUGGUCACCUGAGGCUUGUCGACAUGCAAGGCCCUCAACGCCGCCCCACAUGGGUUCGCGCCGCCACUUUUCGGCCUCUGAGCUUUGUGCUGCUAGACUCGACAGCUUCCAAGCAGCCACCCAAACCAUGAGGACUUCUCAGCCGAGGAUAUCCCUCAUCAGCAAUGUCUCUCGCCAGAUACACAGCGUGACCUGCCGUCGGCCGAGGCGGUCAUUCCACCUCACGACCCCGGCGGGCCUCCCGCGUAGGCGCCAUUUCUUCACCUCGAACCCGUUCCUGUCGAGCGUCGACGACUCCUCCAACGCUGAGCCGACGCCCUCGCCAACCGUCAAGAAUGAGCAACCAGCGUCCCUAGCUCCUGCGAAACGCAAACUCACGCGGGCUACGACGACCAAGAACUCGCUCAGGCGAGUGGCCAUCAUUGCGCAACAGCCGAAGCGCGGCGCCGAUGGCAAGCCCGUGGCCGAGGGCUCCGACGAGAGCGACCCGUCGAACCAGAUCAGUGCGACAUGCAUUGCCGAGUCGUUCAACAUGCCGCUCGUGCUCGAGAUUCUCCAGUCGCAUGGGUUCGCCAUCGACCCGGACAACACCGGGUUCGACGCCGGCGAGGUGGUGCACGCCAAGGGAGUCAACGGCGGCGACAUCUUUGUGUUCCCGUCCGGGACCAUCGUGACGUGGUCGCUGCCCCCGGACGUGGUGACGCGCCAGCUGCUGCGGGCGGCUGAAGACCCGCACCCGGCCGAGAUGUGCGAGGAGGACGACCUCGACUUCGUGACGGACACGGCGCGGGCGGAGAGCACCAUGAAGGGCGACCUGGUGGUGCUGGGCACGCGGCGCGAGCACCGGGACGGCGACCGGCUGGACACGACGCUCGCCAAGAUCGCCUUCUCGUCGGGCCUCGCGCGCAGCACCAAGCUGGCGGUGCUCGAGACGGCGCUGACGUCGUACUUUGAGAGCACGCGCAACAUCCCCGCGCUGCUGUCGCAGGGGGCCGGCGUGCCGCUGGGCCGGCGAUUCAUCCUGCAGAAGACCGGCGAAUUGCUGAGCCUGCGCGCGCGCCUCAACCACUACUCGGAGCUGACCGACUCGCUGCCCGACAUCUUCUGGGACAGCCGCGCGGAGCUGGGCCUUGAGGGCUACUACGACCAGGUCGGGCGUGCGCUCGACGUCAAUGUGCGCAUACGCACCCUCAACCAGAAGAUGGACUACGCGCAGGAGAUUGCCACUGUCCUCCGCGAGAUGUCAAGCGAGCAGCACGGCACGCGCCUCGAGCUCAUCAUCAUCCUGCUCAUCGCCGUCGAGGUUGUCUUCGAGCUGCGGAGGAUCAUUCUCGAGUGGGGCCAGGAGCGCGAGGCCAAGGCGCAGGCCGCCGCGGACCUGGCCACGGCGGGGCCGCGUAGGGCGUGAGCGUGUCGAAAACGCAAAGGCGGUGCAGGCAGUCCGCGAAGGCUCGCCAUCCGAGCAGAGCAGGCGUUGUUGGGCGUAACUGCGGCGUGGCAUUGUGCAUAGAUGAAUGAUACCCAUAUCUCUUCUUCCACGUGUCCAUCUUGCC